AUGCGUCGUGCUCUAGACCGAUACAAGUUAUUGGAUAGAUUCCUACAGGGCCCAUUAGGACAUUUCUUGAAGAUGCCUUUGUCCCUCUAUUUGACUGCACCACAGUUGAUAUAUCAUGUUCUACUUAGGGAGGUGACAUUUUCGAGUGCCCGCCACGAUGAGAUGUGGUUCGAGAUUGGAGGCACACCAUACAGGUACGGGAGGCAGGAGUUCAUACUUAUUAGUGGACUCCGAUUUGGGGCUAUUGAUAGGGAAAGCCUUGAACCGAAACCUAUUGAGUCGGAGAGUUUAUGUGCUCGACUAUUUCCACAACAUAAGAAGGGGGUGACUGGAGACGACCUUGAAUUACUUAUUAGUACCAAAGAGAACAUGGUUUCAGAGGAUGCCCUGAAACUGAUUUACAUUGCUGUGGUCGACAUGUUUUUGUUGGGCCAGGAUGAGCGUGGGCAUGUGGAUGAUUUCUUGUGGACUAUGGCCGAGAAUUUACAAGCAUUUGAGAUGUUCCCUUGGGGUACAUAUGUCUACAGUAAGAGUCAACAUUACAUCCGGUUGGCCACGAAAGAAAGAAAAUUGACUGGUGAAGGUGGGAAAAAAAUCAACCUUUAUGGUUUUGUAUGGGUGUUUCAGGUACUCUCUCCUUAUUGUAGAUGA